AUGUGGAUUUUCCGGUGCCUGUUGCAUUAUUUUAGCCGCAUCAUCCCCCGGGUCCCUGACUUCUGGAUUGUUCUGGCCAGUGGGCGGUCAGCUCGCCGGCCGGGCCUCCGGCAGGACGUCCCUCGUCAAAUGCCAACCUUCCUGGCGGCUCGAUCGGCCUCUGGCGAUGUUGUCGACGUCCACUACACCGGGCGUCUGACCAACGGCACGGUCUUCGACUCCUCCGUCACCCGGGGCAAGCCCUUCCAGUUCACGAUCGGCUCGCGCAUGGUCAUCACCGCCUGGGAGGAGGGCAUCCCCACCAUGCGCAUCGGCGAGAAGGCCAUUCUCCUUUGCGCCCCGGAGGUGGCGUACGGUGCCCAGGGCAGCCCGCCCACCAUCCCCCCGAACAGUGUCCUCGAAUUUGAGGUGGAGCUCAUCGCGGUCAAGAGCAACCGCAGCCUGACGGCCGAUGGCCUGGUCACCCGCGAGGAGUGGAUCCACCGGACCCCGGUCGGGCGCCAUGUGAACCUGGCCACCGGGGCCGAUGAGAAGGAGGCUGCCAUUGUCAAUCCCCCGGGCACCGAGGUGGCCGUGCGCUUCCGCGUGGUGGACCCGGAGGACGGGCGCGUUCUUUACGAUGGCUCGGACCUGGCCCGGCCGAUUCGCUUCUGCCUGGAUGUCGAUGGCGCCGGGGUGCCCCUGAGCGAGGAUGCCGCCCUGGAUGUGACCCCGCUGCUGGCCGGCGAUGGGGCGCUCCUGCCGGCGGCCGCCGUGCCGCCGGUCUUCCAUGUGGCCGCCGCGCGCCUGCGCCUCAAGGACACCAUCCGCGUGUCGGCCCCCUGGCAGUAUGCCUUCGGGCCCGGCGGCUCGGAUGCCCUGAACAUCAUCCCCUGCCUGCCAUCCUCCGACUGGAAUGGCCGCGUGUGGUAUGACAUCACCCUGGAGAAUGUGGUCCGCAGUGAGGUGCUCCUGCCGGCGCUGCAGCCCAAGCGCGAUGCCACCCCGGUGGCCCGGAAGCGCGUCCUGGUGGCCUCGGCCGAGACCACUCGCCCGCUGCAGGGGGCCGUCUGCCAGCUGACCCUGCUGGCCAAUGGGGUCCUGCCGGCCGACGCGGCCCCGCCCUCGGAUCAGGACCUGCUGGAUGCGGCUGCCACUGUUGCUGGCGCCGCGCCGGUGGUCACUGCCUGGGCCGACCAGCUGCCCGGUGCCACGGUCACCGCCACCCUCGGCGACCCGGCCAAUCCGGAGCUCCUGGAUCUGCUGCUGGCCAGCAUGGUGGCCGGCGAGACGGCCUCUGCCCUUGGCAAUGCCACCAUCCUCUAUCCCGGCUGCGGGGAGGAGGCCACCCAUUCCCCGGCCACUGCCGGCUCGCAGGCCUUCCUGUGUGUGUCGCUGGUUUCCUUCGACCAGCCGGCCCCCCACUGGGAUCUGGAGCCGGCACAGAAGCUCCAGCAGGCCGACACCCUGCGCCAGCAGGGGAAUACCCUCUUCCGGGCCAAGCAGCCCCGCCGCGCGGCUCGCACUUACAACCUGGCGGCCGACUGUCUGAAGGAGGAGCUGGAGGUGGACUACACCAACCCGGCCCGGCCGAAGCACAACCCCGACCUUUGGCAGGACAUUCGCCAGGCCCAGAUCUCCAUCGGUUCCAACUUGGCCACGGCCGAGUUCCAGCUCGGCCACUUCCGCCAGGCCCUGGCCGCCAGCCAGAAGGUCCUUGCCCUGGACCCGAACCAUGUCAAGGCCCUCUAUCGCGUGGCCAGCUGCCACUUCUCGCUGAAGGAUUAUCCCACCGCCCUGGAGUCCGUCGAUCGGGCUCUGGCCAAGGCUGACGGGUGUGGCUUCUCCCCGACCGAUGUGGCCAACUUCCAGAACCUGCGCAAGUCCAUCCGUGCCGCCAUCAAGGCCGAGGAGGACAAGACUCGUGCUACCUACAAGCGCAUGCUGGGCUUCUAA